UAUAUCUCUCUGUUUUUUGGUCGUAUUCUUUGUUUUGUUAGGACCGUUGUUAAAUCCGUUGAAUUUCUGGAUCAAAGCGUAUUAAGACAAUUACGGGUAGAGUUUUAUGUUUAUAGUUGGCCAAUAAACGAUUAUCCUUUCAUAGAUUUAAGAGUUCCUUAGUUGGAAGCAUAAUGUCGGCUUGUCGAUUAGCCGGAACUACUGCAGUGAACUUGUGGUCUUUUUUAUUUGAUGUCUGACAAUGCAAUCUUGCACGACAUAGAUUAUUUGCUGAAAAGUGGAAUCUUUAGUCGUUACCAACCAAAAUCACAACUCUGCUGAUACCAACUGCUACACUUUCCCAUAAUUGCCGAUUGACAUAAAACUUGAGCAAAAAAUGGUGGAAUGUAUACUUUGUUUAAAAUCAACUAACGAGUGGUCCCCAUCCGAAUGUUUACAAGUGGACUCAACACAAUGGGAAGAGUUGGAAAUCAGGAAACUAAUCGACAAGCAUUUGUGGCCUAUAGACACCAUUACCACGCAAUCAUGCCUCUGCCCCAUAUGUUGGGGGGAGUUAAAUGGCUUUCAUCGCUUUUACACCCGCAUAGAAGAGGCUCAUAAUGAUUUCAAAUCCCUGCUUAAAACCGAGACAGAUCCCUUGCAAGAGGAGGAGAAUAAACCAAAGGAUUUACUUUUGGAAAAUCUGCUCGAGCCCGAAAUUGUCAUAGGCCAGACUUUGGACACUGCUAUUGUCAUAAAGGAAGAAAAUGAGGAGACAAUUGUGCGUAAGGAGGAAAGUGACAAUGACAAGGAUCCCGAUUUUAUGGAUGAUGAUGGUGAAUUUAUGAGUGGCGAAACGACUAGUGAAAGUGAUAGCAGCAAGGGCAGUGACAGCGAUGAUGACCUUCCCCUUAUUAAUAGGCGAAGAAAAACUUUGGCUAGAGCGAAAUCAAAAAGAGGCAGUGACUCCAAAAAAGGCGCCGACGACGAUGAUGGCAAUGAAAGCCCCGAUCCUCUAACAACCAAAAGAAGAAAGUCCUCAACCGAUUCCAAAUCUAAUGUCGCUCGAAAAUCGUAUUAUCAGCCCAAAACCAAUCGCUUGGAACAUGAUAAGUUCCUGCAAGAACACUAUAAAAUCACUUGCAACAAAUGCAAUCUGCCUUUUGACACGUUUCCGUUACUUUGCAAGCACUAUAGCAAAGAGCACAAUGAGAGGGGCUUUGUAACAUGUUGCGAAAUGAAAUUUUUCGAUCGAAGUCUGCUGGUGGAUCACAUUAACUUUCAUCUAAAUCCCGAGUAUUUCAAAUGUAAAGACUGUGGCAAAGUCCUAACACAAAGGCGCUGUCUUUGGGCCCACAUGAAAUUGCAUGAGGAGAAGAAAUUCUGCUGCGAUGUAUGCGAUAAGAAGUUUGUACAAAAGUCCAAACUUGAGCGGCAUAAAUUGACACAUUUGCCGCAACAAGAGAAAAAGUUCCCCUGCAACGAAUGUGGCAAAUUCUUUGGCAACGAAUAUGUGCUAACGCAACAUCAACGUGUGGUUCAUCUGAAUAUCUAUGCCAAGGUGUGUGAGAUUUGUGGUCAAACUAUGCCAGACUCAAAUUCAUUUAAACGCCACAUGGAAAAGCAUGAGUCGGUCAGUGAAAUUAAAUCGGCCACCCCCACUUCCACGGUCAAAUGUGAUGAUUGUGGCCUUAUACUGGCUGGGCCGCUUAACUUAAAACGCCAUAGAGAUCUACAACAUCCGGUGGGUGGUAAACGCGACUACACCUGUCACAUAUGCAGGAAAAUUUCACCUAAUCUAAGAGCUCUCAAAAAGCAUAUACGAUGUACCCAUGAAAUGGGCUACAAUUACAAGUGCAAUCUGUGCGAGAAGGCAUUUAAGAGAUCGGACAAUUUAAAGGCGCACAUGAGCACACAUACUGGCACACCGCUGUAUUCCUGCCCUUGGUGUCCCAAGACAUUUAACUCAAAUGGCAAUAUGCAUAAUCAUCGAAAGAAAGCUCAUCCUGUUGAGUGGGAAGAAGCUCGACGCAAAAAGUAUUCUGGCAAUUUACCGCCUAAUUUUAAACCGCCUACUACUACAAACAACUCUCACUACUUUCCAUUACCAGCAACAAAUAUGAAUUAGAAAUAGAAUAAGACAACUAGUUAUAAUAUUUUAAAUACAAUUAUGUUAAUUGGUAUACAAAACAUUUCGGCUGCUUUAACCUAA